AUGAAUACGGACGGAUGUAUAGAAGUCAAGUGGAUCAAUGGAAGUAUUGAUGAAUAUCCAUAUAUUUACCUGCGCGAGAAUUGCCGUUGUCCAGCCUGUUGUAAUGACAAAAGAAAAACACGUACAUUAUAUACGCCAAAAGAGGUUGAUCUCGAUGUUACAGCAGAGUUCGCUAACUGGAAUACUGAGCACAAUCAACUUGCAGUAAAAUGGGAAGAUGGUCAUACCAGCAAUUAUUCGGUUGACUGGUUAAAACAUUUGAGGUAUCGUCCACCCGGUGAAGAUCAACCUUUAUCUGGUGUGAUAAGGAAGGGUAUUGAAUUAUGGGGUCCAGACAUGUCUCAAGAACGGAAGUUGCCUACGUUUCAAUUUGAUAAGUUACUGAAGGAUGAUAAAGAGCUGUUUAAGUGGUUGGUGGAAAUAGCAACUCGAACUGGAAUAACUAAGAUAGAAAAUGCGCCUAGCGGGUCUGGUCAUCUAGGAACUUUAGGUCAUAGAGUUGGCUAUCUUAUGACAACGAGUUACGGACUAAUAAGUGAAGUAAAAGCAAGCGGUGGGCAACAUGAAAUUAGCUAUGCCCCUUCCUAUUUGCCCUUCCAUACUGAUCUUACCUACAACCAAGUCCAAGCCGCGGUUUUGAUGCUUCAUUGUGUUGAACAAACGAAAGGGGAAGGUGGUGAAAAUAUAUUAGUUGAUGGCUUUCAUGCAGCAAAACUCCUCUACGAGGAAGAUCCAGAGUCAUUUGAAAUUCUUGUGAACACACCAGUGACAUUCCGCAAUUGCACGUCAAAAACCACUUUUGGAAAAAUGCAUACUCUCUCCAGUCAUCAUUUGAUCCGACUUGACUCGGCAAAGAAACUGAAGCAGUUGUUUUAUAGUGACGAGUAUCGUGACAAUCAAAUGCCACUGGAACCGAAGCUUAUGAAAUCUUUUUAUAAAGCCUAUUUUCGUUACUCCGAACUCAUGCAGGACAAAAGAACCUCUUUUUCGUACAAAAUGAAACCAGAUGAAAUCUUGGCAGUUAAUAAUGGCCGAGUUAUGCACGCAAGAGCCGAUUAUAAAGAUACAAGUGAUAAUGUGCGACAUUUAGAGCAAGGUUAUUUUACCUGGGAUUGUGUUGAUUCCAAAAUCAGAAUUUUGGCUGAGAAUAUGGGAAUACAGUCGCCAAUUGAUUAGACAACGGCGUGUGGAUUGUAAGCAAUUUAAGUAGUAGAUUAGAACAAUUUAUAGCUAGUAGAUAAACGUUUCCUCGCCCGUUUUUAAUACUUAAUAGCCUCUCUGAAAUGUGAUUAUAAAGAGAUUCAACUAAGGGAACAUG